CUAUUCCUCCCACUGACACCAAUGAUGGGGCAUUAUUCUUCCCACUGACACCAAUGAUGGUGCCCCAUCAUUAGUGUCAGUGUGUGAGGAAUAGUGUCCCAUCAUUAGUGUCAGUGGGAUGAAUAAUGCCCCAUCAUUGGUGUCAGUGGGAAGAAUCGUGCCCCAUCAUUGGUGUCAGUGGGAGGAAUAGUGCCCCAUUAUUGGUGUCAGUGGGAGGAAUAGUGCCCCAUCAUUGGUGUCAGUGGGAAGAAUCAUGCCCCAUCAUUGGUGUCAGUGGGAGGAAUAGUGCCCCAUCAUUGGUGUCAGUGGGAGGAAUAGUGCCCCAUCAUUGGUGUCAGAACAACGAAUCAUGCCCCAUCAUUGUAUCAGUGACACCAAUGAUGAUGCACUAUUCCUCCCACUGACACCAAUGA